AUUGAAAUUAACCGCCAUUUCCAAAGACGUUAGAUUUAUACGUACACUAAUUAUUUGGUUGAUAACAAGAAAGUUCUCUUCAGAGAUUGUAAAUACAAUGCCGGUUCAUUGCAAUGACUCACUGGGUGAUGGUGUGAAAUUGUAUCGAUUGAAAAAAAAGAAAAAUUUAUUGACGAAUAAAUUCAUUAGUUAUAUAGCUGAAAACAUUUAAUACAUAGCAUGGAGAGUGUCUACGCCCGCCAGAGUGCUAUAAGUUCACACGAAACACCGUAUCUCUGUAGUAUAUGAGUGAUGACCCGUACGUAACCUCUCUCUCGUUAAAAGUUUGGGCGUGCGCAGAUUGUGUGUAAACAAUGUCGAAAGUUCUGCCGAGACUACAUUAUUUGCUCAGAAAUAGAAGUAGUCUGAUGACAAGAACAUGUACCGGUGUCAGAAUGUACGCUACGGACGAUUCAAAUAGUACAACGACAAAGAUUCCAGGUGGAAAAGAAGAUGGGAAGAAGGGAAAGGGUGGUCCAGUAACCUGGAAAACAGUGGGUAUUACAGCUCUUGUAGGUGGUUCCCUGGCAGCUUUUAUGCUCCAUCUAAAGAACGAGAAACAACAAGCGCGCGACCGCGAGAGGAAGCGGCAGCUGGGCAAAGCGGCCAUCGGCGGUGCCUUCGAGCUCGUGGACUGCGAGGGUCGGCCGCGCUCGAGCCGCGACUUCCUGGGCCAGUGGCUGCUCAUCUACUUCGGCUUCACGCACUGUCCAGACAUCUGCCCGGACGAGAUCGAGAAGAUGGUCGCCGUCGUCGAAACGCUCGACAAGUUGGAGGACGUGCCGAAGGUGCAACCGCUCUUCAUCACAGUGGACCCGGAGCGAGACACGCCCACCGUUGUGGGCAAAUACUGUGCCGAGUUCUCGCCGCGCAUCAUUGGGUUGACCGGCUCGCCGGAGCAGGUGCAGCGCGCCUGCAAGGCGUACCGCGUCUACUCUAGCGCCGGCCCUCGUGACGUCGAAGACGACUACAUUGUGGAUCACACCAUAAUCACGUACCUGGUGAACCCGGACGGGGAGUUUGUCGACUAUUACGGCCAGACGCGAACUGUCGAAGAGGUCGCGAACAGCAUCCAGUUCAACAUGGUGAAAUACAAUGAGGUGCAUAAGAAGUCGUGGUUCUAGUUCGCAGCGCCGGCGAAGUGCCGGUGACGCGCGGGACUGCUGCGGGGCGCCGGGGCGUAACCGUUUCGAGGGACAGUCGCCGAACUGACCGGGGAGUGCCUCGUCGGUAUCAGUCGGUGGCGCAACAACAGGACAGUCUGUGUUCUCAUUCUAAGCCUGCCAGAUCUUCCAGAAUUUGCUUGCACUCGGGACAGGCUCCUUUCUAGUAUCGCAGUCAGAGGCAGAAGCAGGCUGUGAAUAGGAAGAAGGGUGAAUUGAUCACCGCAAGUAAUAUUUCAGUGGCAAAAUAUUUCUGGUAACACGCAGGCAUUAGAUUUACAGCAGAAACCUCAGGCGAGUAGUGGAUGAGAGAGAAAUGUAUCGGUUGUGCUUUUGGUAUGCACUCUUCGACAAACAGGAUGUGGUUGCACAUUGUUCUUCUACAUAACUUUCUAGGAAGUAACUGCAGGCGAAGUAAUUACUGUUUCUAAUAUUUUAUUUUGUAGAGGAGGUAUAGUGUAGGAGACUAUUGUACGUUUCACAUUGUUCCUUGAGAAAAAGGUGACUGUGUACCACACAUUACAUUUUCCUCAUCAUCAAACUCCGUACGGUAAACACGUGUCUUUUGUAUUGGCCCUGCUCGUAAAGACUGCUGCGAUUUUUUUCCAUCGUUCCAGUAUUUAACAACAACAGAGUUCGUAGGCCAGUACCCACACAAUACCUACUUAAAGGAGUAAAUGCGCUGUUCAAAAACACUGAAAAAAA